AGCAGCAGCAGUAUUAGUAGCAGAAGAAGAAGAAGAAGCAGUAUUAGUAGUAGUAGUAGAAGAAGAAGCAGCAGUAUUAGUAGCAGCAGUAGAAGAAGAAGAAGAGUCAGUGGAGCUCGGAGCCAUUUAGCAGCAGGCUAGCGUGAUGCUAAGCUAGCGGGAUGUCUGCGGUCUCUCGGGCGGUCCUGGGAGUGUCUGUGGUUCUGACUCUGAGCACCGUGGCUGCUGUUCACCUCAACCAGUCCUGGGACAGACAGCGUCUCCACGAGGGCGUCGUCAGGGAUCUGGAGCGGCUGCAGAGGAAGCAGGAGAAUCUGCGUCUCCUGGAGGAGCAGAGGAUUCUGACCUCACAGCUGGAGGAGGAGAGACGACGCAGAGAGACGGAGCUCCGCCCACAGGACCACUGAGACAGUGAUGGACAGCAGCAGCGAGCAGCUGGCUGGAGGUGAGGACGAGGCGGCCUGCACGUCGGCCUCGGAGGGCCUGGAGGAGGGGGAGG